AUGUCUUCCACUUCUGAACGUAGCACAUACCCUGGCUAUAAUGAACUUAAAACCUACUUGAAGCAACUAGAAACAAAACUUUUUACUUCGUUAUCGGGACACAAUUGUUGCGGAGCUGUUAACCCCAAAAUAUACUCGAAGUUCUUAAAGCUCCCUCUGCUCCUACUCCAGCUCCCUACUAUUUUUGUGGGUUUGUGGGGCAUGGCGUUCAAGACUGCACCUUUAUCAUUUCCAGAUGAUUUUAAUAACCUAAAAAUACAGGAGGGUAACUCCAGUCGGGCGCGUUCUGACUUAGGGGAAUUACUGG